GGGAGGAGUGUGUGUGUGCGGUAUAAAAGCAAAAGCUAUUUAGGGACUCUUGGCAGAAGAGAUGAUUGCAUGUAAUCAUGAAUGCCCUUCAUCCACGAGGCAUUUACCGCGUACCCAGUAUAUGCCAGGCAGUUCUGGGUGUUGCUACCUAAGCGAGUGGUCUAUAAAGGGUCUGAUCGCCACACAGCGUACAGCCUUCCAUCACACUAUCCCCCUGCCUAACACACUGCCCUGUGCACAGUACAAGUCAGGCAAUCAGCUAAGCAGAUUCCUCCCGAACCCGCCCUCAAUGCUGGAGCAGCCCCCGCAAGACCUGCGGCGACCCGGCAGGGAAACGAGUGGCCAGUAGGAGGCGCUGUGGAAUCUCCGGGCGGCCCGGAUCCAACGCUCACCCUUUUCAGGCUACGCUGAUGGCGGCAGCGGGUGGUGGUGCUGCACUCGGGACAUCCACAGGGCUGGAGGCGGCGACGCUGCAAAAGCUAGCGCUUCGGCGGAAGAAAGUGCUGGGGACCGAGGAGAUGGAGCUGUACGAGCUUGCACUGGCUGCCGGCGCCGCCAUCGACCCUGAAGUGUUCAAGAUCCUGGUGGACUUGCUGAAUCUGAAUGUGGCUCCCCUGGCCGUCUUCCAGAUACUGAAGUCCAUGUGUGCCGGGCAGCGGCUGACCAGCGAUCCCCAGGACUCGGUACCCGUAUCUCUGUCCACAUCAGAGACUCGAGGAAGAAACAGGGGUGGUCCCACUCUUGGCAGUGUGCCCACAGUGGCAGAACGUGGAAGCCGGGAAGGACCCAUCCAGAGGAUGCCACGCCAGCCCAGUGCCACCAGGCUGCCCAAGGCAGGACCUGGGAAAAGUAACUCCCGGAGCAGCACGUAGGCCAGAACAGAGGCUGCACUGAGCUCCGCAGUGGAGGAGAUGCUGCUGGCUCUGCACUUCAGCCUUCCUGAGGAGCUGAGCAUCUCUCUGCCACUUUUGGAUUCUAGUAAAGCACAGAUUUGGACUGA